AUUGCUUUUAAUGAAAUGAUGUCUGGCUGGCCCAACAGGUUCCUGGGUGGAGUUACAGAUGAAUGGCAAUGGCAAUAGCAACGAUAAUGGCAAUGGGAAAAAUGGAGGUCUGGAACAUGUCCCUUCAUCGUCCUCCAUCCACAAUGGAGACAUGGAAAAAAUUCUCCUGGACGCCCAGCAUGAAUCAGGACAGAGCAGUUCAAGAGGUAGUUCCCACUGUGACAGCCCUUCACCUCAAGAAGAUGGACAGAUAACUUUUGAUGUGGAAAUGCACACAAGUAAAGACAGUAGUUCUCAGUCUGAAGAAGAAGCAGGAGAAGGAGAGAAAGAGUUGGAAGUUUUGAAGAAAAGUGCUGGCUGGGUGUCAGACUGGUCAAGUAGGCCUGAAAACAUUCCUCCCAAGGAAUUUCAUUUCAGACAUCCUAAACGUUCAGUGUCUUUAAGUAUGAGAAAAAGUGGAGCAAUGAAAAAAGGUGGCAUUUUCUCUGCAGAAUUUCUUAAGGUUUUCAUUCCAUCUCUGUUCAUAUCUCAUGUUUUGGCUUUGGGACUAGGCAUCUACAUUGGAAAACGACUGACCACACCUUCAGCCAGCACUUAUUGAAAGAUGGAGUGCAAAACCUGGAAUUCCACGUGACCUGUGAAGGUGUUACUGUCUCAUUUAGUACAUUUGACUUGAGACCAUUUUACGCAUGACCCUGACUUCACCCUUUCCUUACAUAUCCAGGUUUUCGCUAACUCUGGAAUUCAGUAUUGUGUUGGAACUCUGUUGAGGUGUUUCGCUAUCCACAUUCUUUCCCUCUCUCCUCCCAUUCCCCUGCCUCUUGGCCUGCAAGACACGUCAGAGUUGCUGAACGGAGUUUACAACUGUCUAUAUGUUGCAAGGGCUUCUCUCAAUGCAAAAUGCCACCAGCAAGUUUUAAUUUUAUCAGUGAUGCUGUUGCCUCCUUAGUGCAACCAGACUUAAAUUGCAGUUGUGCAUGGUAUAAAUGUUGACUGUAUUAUGGUGACAAAAUUAAGUCUCUUCAGAGUGAAAAUGAAUUUUUCUUUCGGAAAAACAAGCUGGUUGUGAAAUAAACUAAGAAAUCGCUGGCAAUAAAAAACAGCUUUUGGGGGAAUUUACUUGGCCCCUUGUAUUGGCUAACAUCAUUUGAUUUGCGGGAGGCAAAAACUGCAUAAAUUUUAAAGUAGGAUAACUAAAUCCAUCAGCAUAUUUUAAUAUUAGGUAAUUGUUGUAAUCUUGUCUUUUCUAUGAAGUCAGCUCCUUAUUCCUUGUAGGAAAACCUGUCUGAUGCCUAGAAAAUAUUAGAAAAAUUGCAUUGUUUGCAUGUGAAGAAGCUUUUCUUUUCCUUACCUGUUUUCUUAAGGGAAAAUUUUAAAUGUGAAAUUUUCCUUUUAAAAGUAGUUUUAAAUUAAGGAAAAAAACCCAACAGCUGUAGGUGUAGUUUGGCUCUGUACAAAAGGAUAUGAUUCUGUUUGUUGUGGAACCAUUUACAAUGAUGAUGAUAUGGCAGUUUCAGAAAGUAAAGCGUUUGACUUAUCUUUAAGGGGGACAAUCUUGCAGGUGCGUAAAGAUUCGGAAGUUGUAAAGCUCUGAAAUGUCUUCUGCAAAUGAGUUUUCAAUAUUCCUCUCUCAUUGUUUACUGUACAAUCUCCUCUGGGGAUACAUGGAAUCUGAAAGUCACUCGUGAUGUCUCAUGUUAGAUAGACUUCUCACUAAUGUUGUUGAACUUUUAUCUUAGGGAACAUUAAGCCUUGUCCUCCUUCAGUGACACUUCAAAAUGUGAAGCUUUAGUACCAAAUUGUUACAAAGCAUUAGGACAGUCAUGUCCUUAAAUAGAUUUUAUUGGAUUUCAGAACAUGUAGCAUGACUCUGGAGGGUAGAAUACUCUUUUUUUUAUAUAUAUAUGAAUAUAUAAAAAAAAAAAAAGAUAUAGACUUUAAUACUAAGUAUUUAGGGAACCAAUGCUAAUUUUAAGACUAGCAAAAAUCUCAUUUAAAUAAAAACUUUAGUAGGCUGGCUUGUAGAAAAUGAUAAGAAAAUAUAGUCAGCCAGUUUGGAGAGAACCUAUAAUUGUUUGCUUGUAUCAGACUUUAUAAAGUUGAGUAUUUGAUAUAGCAGUGAUCGCUUGAAACAGUUGAUGCAUAGAAGCUAAAUCCCAAUUGAGAUUUGGUUUAAAAGAAUUUAGGUAGCUCCCAGGAAGUAAAAAAGUAUAAAUCCACUGCUAAACUGUAUUUAUUUUUAUUCUCUGCUUCUGAAUGCUGUUAGAGGAUGCUUUCAGGGUGAAAGGGCAGUCUAACAAAAAAAAAAAAUCUCUUGAAGACAUCUGCUUUUUUCUUCUAGUUGUGAAUACUAGUGGCACUUGAGUUGCCUACAACUGCAUAUUUGUUUCAAGCGUGGAUAUUGGGUUUCACCCAAAGGUGGGGGAGGGAAGGGGGAAGUGGUGAAGGGUGUCUUUGACAGUAUCAAGUACAUCAUUUUACAGUCCUUAAAACUGAGGGGACGGGAGAAAGGCUGAAACACUUUGUUCUAAUUACAGCACCUUGUUUUGUAUGGAAAUUGGAAUAGUGGAAAAAUAGAUUUUUACGAAGUAGGGAGUACUUUUUUCAAAAAAAAAAAAAAAUUACCCCUUUCUAAAUUAAAUGGUAAUUCUUCUUCAGAAUAUCUGAUAUAUGAUAUUGCAAGCUUGUGGCUAGAGUAUCAACACAGUUUAUAAUAUUUGAAGGAGCCGUGAAGUAAAAAUGUUGAAAACUAUAGGCGAGGAAUGGAUGGAUACGUGAUCACUGUAACGCUUGCUAUGAUACAAUGCAGUAUUUAUUGAUACCCUACUAUAAGCUUUGGAUGAAAGUCUACAACUUCUAGUUUUACAAUGAACAGAAACAGAUUGUUGUAUAAUUUGAAAAGGGGUUUCAACUAUUGAUAGUUGAAGUUUUGUUAAGAUAAAUGU